AUGCAGCACAUGGCUGGCGCUGGCCACAUGGUGUCCCAGCAACAACAACAACAACAACAACAACAACAACAGAUGCGGAUGCAACAGCAGCAUGUCCCAGCCGGCACCCCGCACGGUACAACUAUUCUCGCCCGACUCUCCAACACACCGGUUCCCCCGCGAGAUUGGCACGCUGGCGUUACUAUGAAUGACCGCGUUGGCAGGACCUUUGAACUUUUCUCCAAUGUUCAACUUGGUCCCGGAGUCAACCCAGCGCGCGCCUUGGAAAUGUCUAUUAAUUAUGAAAUUCAAACCUUCAAAACUUCCCAGUCCAAGGAUCACUAUAUGGGCCAAAUGAACCAAAAAAUCCAGGACUUCUUCAGAAGGCGCCAAGAAAACACUAACACUCUACAAAACAGCCUCGACGCUAAUGCACAAGCCCAGGCUGCCCUCAACCUGCAACAACAGAUGAAUCGUGGCUUUGGUCCCCAACAGGGCUUUCCUGGCAUGAACCAGGCCAUGCAGGGCCAGCAGAGGCCCAACCAGCAACAGAUGCUCCAGUUGCAGCAGCAGCAGCAGCAGCAGCAGAUGGCCGCAACCAUGGGCAUGGCCCAUCAAGCAGGUCGUGGCAUGGCCGGCCCAGGUCAGCAAUUCGCCAUGGGCCCCGGCGGCCCUGGGCAACGUCCUGGCGGCAACAUGAGUUUUGAUAACCUCCCCCCGGCCGACCGUGAAAAGGUUCUCCAGCUUGCCGGGAAACUUUUCAGCCAGGCGUCCGAGAGCACUAGGAAUCAGAUCCGCAAUCAGCUCCGAAGCAAAAUGGCUGCCCAGAAUCCAAGUCUUCUGGCCCAGGGCCGUGAUCCCUGCAUGAUGUACUUCCAACAGCAAGCCUUUCAGCUACUCGCCAGGCAGGCCGCCGCAAGCAGAGCCAGCCAGGCUGCUAACAUGAUGCCUCAGCAAGCUGCCAUGAUGCAGCAGCAGAAUAGCCAACAGCGGGCCAACAACAUGAUGCCUAAUGGUCAGCCCGCCGGCCAUGACUUUUCUCAAUUCGGCCCCAGCAUGGAGAGUAUCAAGGACCAGCAGAUGAGCGGCCUCAUCGCCCAGCAAGCCGGCCAGAUGGUCGUCCCUGCUAGCGGUGCCACUCGACAUCCCACGCCUCAACCGGGUAACCCGGCCAUGGUCGGCCAAGGCCAGAAUCAGACACCCCGCCAAGGCCAGCAGCCAGGUCAACAGCAGCAGCAGCAACAGCAGCAGCAGCAGCAACAACAACAGCAACAGCAGCAGCAGCAACAGUUGAAGCUGAACCAGGCCUCGCAGCAAGCCCAGGCUGCUCAAAUGAAGCAGAUGCACAGCCAGCAGGGUAUGAUUAUGGACCAAAAUCAGAGCCCCGGUAUAAACCCUGCCGCCAACCGUGGGCCAAAUGCCGUACAUCCCAUGGGAACCCCCAACAAUCAGCAUGGUAACAUGCCCUUUGGCAACCUCCCGCUCAAUCAAAGGUUCCAAGGCAAUGCGAACUUGCAGGCCAUGGUGAUGGCCAUGGCUUCUGGCAUGACCCAAGAGCAGCAACACAGUCUGAGCCAGCUUCAAGAUGAGAAAAUAGUGGAGGUGGUGCGCAGGUGGGCUCUAGCACAGCGUCAACGCAGCCAAAUAGGGGGCGCAGCUCCUUUACAGCAGCAGCAAAAUCAGCUGAAUCCAAACCUAGCCGGCGCAGCUCUCCAAGGAGCGAUGCAGCAGCAGCAGCAGCAGCAGCAGCCGCCGCCUAACGUUGCAAAUCCAAACGGCAUGCCUCCACAAGGACAAGGUGUUAUGAGUGGUCUACAACAACAACAAGCGGACAGCCUGGAUAUACCACCCCAGCUCCGUAAGAAUCUCCCCCACAUGCCACCUGAGGUCAAGAAAUGGCGUGACCUUAAGAUCUGGCUAAACACGACCAACACUGUUCCUCUGCAAACCAAGCAAGCUCUUGUUCAAAUGCAAAAAGUGCAUUGGUCGCAGACUUACGGGCGUAUGACCCCCUACCAGCAACGCUUCAGCCAGCAGCACAACCAGCAGCAGCAGCAACAGCAGCAACAGCAAGGUCAGCAACACGACCCACUUCAAACUCUUCAGCAAAGCCAGCAACCCCUUCAAUUAGCCCAACAGCAGCCACAGGGCCAGCGGCCACAACCGCAGCCGCAGCCGCAGCAGCAGCCGCAGCAACAGCAGCAGCCGCAGAUGAUGAACGGCGGCAUGAACAUGGUCAACAUGGCUCCCAAUAUGCCCAACUUUUCUCAUCAACAGCUGCAGCAAGUCACGCUACAAGAGAUUCAACAAUUCCGGAACAGGGUGCCUCAAUUGGCAAACGCUCCUGACGAGAAAAUCCGUCUGAUGGUCAUGGGUAUGAAGCAGCGCAGUCAGAUGCAGAAUGGGCUUAUGCGAGCUCCCAAUCAAGGCCUCGGACCUCAGAAUCCCAUGGCCGGAGCAACUGCUGCACAGACCGCUCAGCAGCAGAUCCAACCUCCUCAGCAGCAGGAGACGACUCGCCAGCAGCCUCAACCACCUCAGCAGCAAGCCGGCACAAUGUCCAGCGGCAUGGCUCCGGCCCAGGCUGCAGCUGCCAAACAGCAGCCGACGCCUCAACAACCGGUCAAAAGCCUCAAGCGGCCAAGCACUGAUGAUGACGCUGCUGAGGAUAACGCCGCCAAUGCUAGCAGCGCCGCCGCCACCUCCACCACUGCGCCGACGAACCCAGCCGGCGCUAGACCCAACAGCGCCGCCUCCGGUCCCAAGAGGCUCCCACCGCAGCUCUCAGCUCAGCAAAUUGCCAACAUGUCUCCGGAGAAUAAAGCCAAGUACGAGGCGUUUCUCAGGCAUCAGAUGGCCAGCAAAGACGGCGUACCAGCCGCCGCUAUACAGCCAACCGCUGAGUCGAUCAAUCGCCUUAAAGUCAUUGGCCAAGAAGCGGCGCGCCAGCUCGCGCAGGAACCGAUGCCCGACAUUCCGAUGAGUCCUCAAGAACUGGAGGAGACUGGUGCGAAGCUGAAACGGAUCGUAAACGAUAUGAGGAAAGUUGGACGUCCUCUCACCAAGUGGUUCGCCAUCACCGGAGAUGAGGGGCGUGCGAGUAUGUUCUUCAAAUUCCGUCAGCGUCUAAUCAGGCAAUUUGCCGACGGUGACGCCAUGUCGGUUCUUCGCGAAUCGUUCAGCAUGCGAUCCUCAGACCUAGAGCAAGCUAGAGCUAUGCUGGAAAGCAUGGCCCGAGAUCUUCACGCGGCUGCCAAGGCUGGCUUCAUGAAGGGGCAGAGCAGUCAGACGCAGCCCGGCCAAGCGGGUCAGCAGGCACCCCCGAACAGCAGCAGCAACGAUCAGUCGUCGACAGUGGCACCACUAAACGCAAGAAACCUAGAAAAGAACUCGCAAGCGCUCAACCGGCAAAAGGGCAAGUCCGCAGCAAAUCAGCCCCCUCCGGCACCGACGGUGGCUCAGGCACCCGGCUUCCCGACAAACGCAUCGUCCCCGCACGGCAAUCCCAGCUAUAUGAGCAAGGCUAAGGAUAUGAACCUCCAGAUCCCGCCGCGCAAGAAGCAAAAGGUGGCACAGCAACCCGGGCAGGCCGCCAACACACCAUCGCCGCGGGCCGCCAAGCUGGCGUCGCCUGAAAUGAAGCGGGCGCCAGAGCCAGCUGCAAAGCCGGUGUUUCUGUGUCGUGAAUCAGGCUGCGACCUGCCCACUGUCGGUUUUGCUACGGAACAGUUGUUGAAGCAGCAUGUUGAGGAGGAGCAUGUCAAGCCAAAGGAAGACCCGGCCAAGUUUACGCAGGAGAGCCUAGCGUUGGCGAUUGGGCUAGAGCCGGACGGUACGCCAAAGAAGCAUAGCGGAGAGGCGGCGCCGGCAAUGAUUCCGUCUGGCUCGAAGCAAGGACAAGGGCCCACGGCGAUGAAGAGAUCUAGCAGCGCGCUGAGCCGAGCACAGGCCAGUGGGCGGGUUGAGAACGGAACGCCCAAGACAACGCCAGCGGAACCGAUGACACCCGGAUCGGUAGAUGUGUGGGCGGGGUCGGAACUUGACCAGCAAGCGCUGCUGAGCAACAUGGGGUUUGAGAGCGGGGCGCUACGGACGGUGAUUAAUGAGGCUCGGCUGUUUCGUUCGCUGACACCCAACGACACGCCUGAGUCAAGCAAGGAUAGCGGUGCGAGCGAGCCCAGCAGUGACAUUUCGGAGGGUACGGCGCUGGACAUUGACAUGAGGUGGCAGAAUCUGGGCCCGGAUCUACUGCUGGACAUGGGCAAUGGGGAUGGAUCUUUGACGCUGGAUCCGUCUCUCCUUCUGGACCCUUUGGCAGGGCCCGCUCCGGACUGGGACGACGUGACUGUCGAUUUUGACAAGCCGUUUCAGUUUGACACGAGCCGUUAUUAUUUCAAUACGGAGUCGUAA